AUGCCACCGCAUUUAAAUUUUGGGGCAUUUGUUUUACAAAAAAUUUUGGCUCAUGACAGUGACAAAGCCGCAUUGAUAAAUGGCUCGACAGGAGAGGAAAUUAGCUACAAAGAAAUGGCCCAAAAGAUAGUUAAUGUUGCUACAUCUCUGUUAAACCUUGGUAUUAAAAAAGGUGACACAGUUGCCGUAUUUAGUGAAAAUAGAAUUGAAUACAUAUUGACAGCAAUAGCAGUUUACUGUUCAGGAGCUACAGUUACCUUCUUCAACAGUGCUUACACCAAAGAUGACUUGAUAAAUGCUCUCACUAUAUCUAAGGCCACAUACAUCUUCCUAUCAAGCGAAACUUUUACAACACAUGAAUAUAUUAAAAGUAUUAAAACAAUUAUUAAAUGUAUUUUGUAUGAUGACGUAUCCAAUCAUACUAACUGUCUAUACUUUAAAAAUCUAGCGGAAAAUUAUGCUGAUAUUAAAACUUACCAGGCUUAUGACUUUAAAGGGACAACCCAAACAAGUACGAUACUUUAUUCUUCGGGCACGACUGGUCUAGCCAAAGGAGCUAAAAUAAGUCAUCAAAAUUUGAUUACCGUAUGCCAACAGCCGAUGAUGACUACUACCAAGUUAAAACCACUAACAAUUGCGCCAUGGUCAAGCACGUUUGGGUUAACUUGCACAUUACGAGAAAUCGCUUAUGGAAGAACUUUAGUGUUCUUACAAAAGUACAAUGAGAAACAAUACUUAAGAACUAUUGAAAAAUAUAAGAUUGACAUGCUCUACGUAGCACCACCACUUAUCGUUAUGUUAUAUAAAUCAAUGAUUGCAAGUGAUUAUAACUUAUCUACUAUUGAAAUUAUUUACUCUGGUGGUGCUCUUGUUCAUGCUAAAAGCAUUCGUAAACUAAAAGACAGAUUUCCACACAUAAAACAUGUUUUACAAGGAUAUGGCAUGACAGAAGCGACUGGGGCUGUUACCGAAGAACUAGAAGAUGCAGCUAAAGAGGGAAGCGUUGGAAGAGUAGUGCCAGGAAUCAUUGCUAAGAUUGUUGACCCAGAGACUAAUAAAAUAUUAGGAUGCAAUGAACCAGGCGAAGUCUGCAUCAAAGGUCCAGUUCUUUUUGAAGGCUAUAUCGGAAGAGACAUGAAAAAUGAAUUUGACAAUGAUGGGUUUUACAAAACUGGAGAUAUUGCGUACUAUGACGAAGACGGAUACUUUUAUAUAGUUGAUAGAAUUAAAGAGAUUAUCAAAUAUAAGGCAUGGCAAGUUUCGCCUUCAGAGCUCGAAGCGAUAAUACUUCAACACCCGGCAGUUAAAGAUGUCGGAGUGACGGGGGCGCCGGAUACGUUGGCAGGCCAACUGCCUACAGCGUUUGUAGUGAAGCAACCAAAUGCUAAUGUUACAGAACAAGAAAUUAUAGACUUCGUUUCUGAUAAGGUGUCGCCCUGGAAAAAGCUGAGAGGUGGCGUUAUAUUCCUAAAAGAGAUACCCAAAACAGCCAGUGGCAAAAUUUUGAGACGAAAACUGCAAACGCUUCUGCCAAAACAAAUCCCACAAAAGCUCCCUGCCAGCAAAUUG